GCACGGCCCUAGUUUUUGGCUGAGGGUUGGUGGGCCCUUAUGUACUACUGAUGUAGACCUGUGUUUCUCGAUAGAAGGGCCACCACAUAAGCAACUGGGACGAUGCCUCAUGCUGGAUAGUAGAUAUGUUCGUGAUAACAAGUGUAGGUGUGGCUUCAACUACUCAGAACAUUGGAAGAAAUCUCUGAUAAAUCCCCCGGCUAACACAAAAUAUGUGCUCUCUGAAUCUCAUCAUGAGCUUUUCUUAACACUGAAAUACAUCUCUCAUCUUGCUGCAGAAAUAUCACACCAGACAUAUCCUAACUCUCCUGAUAUAUUCUCUAGUUAUGAUGUUAAUGUAUUAUUGUUACAACAUCAGCAGACCUGCCUGGCAGUCAAUGUGGGAGAAUGCUUUGUAGAUAUCGUGAGGAUCAUCACAGAAAAACCUGAUGAUAUGAAUAAGUUGGACAUAACCUAUUCAUCGGCAUAUUCUUCCAUUAACUGUUAUAACGAUGUAUUUUUCCCAAAGCGAGAAGAAUAUGCCAGGAGAUAUCAAAGUAUUGCGGCAAUUGCAUGGUUUAUGCUCCAAGUGAGUCACUCUGAAGAUUCUACAUGGAUACACAAACUACUAAGUCUCACCAAGGAGGCUCACUCAUAUACGUGGUGGGAUACACAAUUUAGUAAGAUUGACAGUGACAGAAGAGAGUUGCGAGAUUUAAGAAAGGUAAUCAGGGAGGUUGACAGAUGGUUUGAUGGAUCGUCUUGGUCAAGAAGUCCACUUACAAUGGAAUGGAAUCACACAGAUGGCAGGUUAAAGGCCUCAUUAACAAUGAAAUCCUUAAGUUAAUAAAACUUAAAAGUACGACUAUUUGUAACAUAGAACAUGUGCAAAACAAACAUGAAAGAAUAGAGUUUCAGUUUCUAGUAGGAAUAUUAAUAUCCACAUUAUCAUUAUUACUUACAUAUGCUAUACUGAGGACAAACUUGCCCCUGGUGUCUAAUGAGGAUUCUUUUCUCCCACUGUCCACACCAAACAGGUUGAUCUUCCCAGUGUGGCUGCCCGAGGCAAGAAACCUUGUGUCUGGUGAGAAUGUGACAGUCCAGGCAUCAACUGGAAAAACAUAAUCACUCUACUAAUUCGAUAUUUGUCCCACAAAUAAUUGGUGUGUUCUGUUCAUGUUGUGCUUACUGAGAGCACGUAACUUUAAGCUAAUAUUAGGGAGGUUAAGAUACACGUUUUUAAGAGAACAUGUAUGCCGGCGUGUAGAAUUUCGACCCUGUGGAUUACUGUCUCACUCUCAAUUCAUUUUCCCAGGGAUCUAAUUUCUAUUCAAACAUGACAGUAUUCACGCUUUCUAUAAACUGUAAACAAAGUCAAGUCGGGGUAUAUUCGCGAAGUAUACCCCUGGUAAUAUGUGUAAUGUGUGACGUCAUAAUGGCGGGUCGUGCUAAUGGCGGACUAUAAUGAAUAUUCGAAACAUUUUGUUGAGUUUUCAUGUUCGAAUCGUAAUAUAGACCUCAGAGCAGGGCUAAUAAUGUUGAAUACACCCCUAAGGGCUAAGGCACAAAAGCUCUCGAACAGAAAACGUUUGUGCUUAGCCCUGCAGGGUGUAUUCGACAAUAUUACCCCUGUUUUCGGUCUAUAUUUCUUAAUUAUUUUCUGUAUACCUUUAUACUCAAUUGGCCAAAUAAACACAACAAAUGGGAGAAUUACCAUAAAGGACCAUAAUGUAAGACGUUCAUGGACAAGUUUUUUUUAUAAAAAAUGUGUUACUUAACCUUCCUAGUAUCUGAGAUGGCUUACCUGGUCCUGAGUCUAUACUUUUUGCUUGCUUCCCUGCUUCUAUAUCCCAUAUCCGGAUAUGGCUAUCAAGACUACUGGAGGCAGCCACUGGGGAAAAUAAGUUAAGAAAUCUAGCAUAGUGUUCAUCAAUAAGUGUAUUCAAUGAUCGAAAACCAUAUAAAAUUUUAAGAAGAAUUGAGCCAAUAAAUAGUUAUGUAAAAAGGCUAAAGACAUACAUCCAAGAGG